AUGCGAUAAGUUCCAAGUUCUCCAGCGAGGUGUGCUGUGAUAUCAGGCCCACCCAUUGGAUUCAGUCGUAUAACGGCAGUCUGGCGAUUCGGGUGUCUCCGGCAAACGUGAAUUCUCCAUCGAGUCCAAAGAUAAACCACCAUGGAUCGGGCUAGCCUAUAUUUCAUGAGCAAGGAUGAUAAGAACACCUUUGAUUUCGACGAGACGCUACCCUCGCUUCCUCUGCCGGAACUAAAGGACACCAUGGAGCGCUACUACGCCUGCAUCCAGCCCUUUGGUUCCAAGGAGGAGUUGGCCCAGGCUCGAAGGACCAUCGAUGAGUUCCAGAAGGGAGUGGGUGCUGAGCUACACGAGAAGCUGAAGAAACGAGAGGCCAGCAUGAGGAACUGGCUGGGCACUUGGUGGGAGGACUACGCCUACCACCCGAUCCGAAUUCCCCUGUUGCCCUACCAACUAAUGGUCAUGCCCGCCCAGUUGGAGAUGGUGGGCGUGCCGGAGACCCCGGAAUACAUGCUCAAAAGCUUGGCCAGACACAUCCAUCACACCCUAGAGUUCUGGGAUCUGCUUAGGAAGUCCAGCAUCAAGCCGCUCUCCUCGAACGGCGGCAAGAUCAAGUACUCCUCGGCGCUGUACAAGCACUUCUUCUCCACGAGCCGCAUUCCAGGCGAGGAGCAGGACCACAUCGAGAAGCAUUUCCUGACCAAAGACGAGGGAAAGACUCCCACUCACGUCCUGAUCUCCGGCAAGGGACGUCAGUUCAUGCUGGAUUGUGUCCACGAAGACGACACCAUCCUGUCAGCUCCCGAGAUUCUGGUGGCCCUGCAGCGGCUGCGCAGCAUCCUGGACUACGAACCGCUGGGCGAUUGUGUGCCCAUUUUGACCCACGACGAUCGUACCUCUUGGGCUCGCAACCGCAAUCGGCUGCGGGAGAUCUCGGCGGCCAACAAGGAGACGCUGCUGAUGGUGGAGAGCGCCAUCAUGGAGAUCUGCUGGUACGAGCAGUCGCCCAAGGACUACGAGGAGUCCUCGCAGCUGGGUCUCUUCGGGGAUCUUCAUUCCCGCUGGGCGGAUCGCAGCAGCAGCAUUAUCGUCUUCAAGAAUGGUCGCUCCAAUUGGGCGGGCGAGCACAGCUGCUACGAUGGCACCGUGAGCAUCAGCUUCGCCACCUUCAUGCAACUGAGCUUCCUGGAGGUUCCUGAACCUGAUUGGAAGGAGGCCGAGAGCUGCAAGGUGGCGGAGAUCAAGGAGCUGCAGUUCGAACUAGAUGACUCUUUGAGGAGCGAGAUUAAGCGGGUCCAGAAGGACAUCGAUGAUAAGGGCAUUGAUGUCACCACUACCUUCACUGUGUUCGAUGACUAUGGCAAGGACUUUAUGAAGACCCACCGCCUGCAUCCCGAUUCCUUUGUGCAGGUGGUGAUGCAGUGGGCCUAUUACCAGAUGCAUAAGGAGAUUGCUCCCACCUACGAGACCGCCCUGAUGCGUCAGUACUACAAUGGGCGAACGGAAACGCUGCGUUCCUGCACUGGCGCCGUGGCGGAGUUCCUGAGGGCCUCCGCCAACAAACAGGUGGGCGAUAUGUCCUUGGCCAGGGCCUUCCGCAAGGCCGUCGACGAGCACAAGCAUUUUAUGAACGAGGCACGCAAGGGAAACGGCAUCGAUCGGCACUUGUUUGGCCUGUGGUGUGCGGCCUACGAAAACAAACAGGACAUUCCCGCCUUCUACGAUGAUCCCUUGUACUCGAAAAGUGGUGGUGGUGGCAACUUUGUGCUCUCGUCCAGCACUCUGGGCUUCACCGCCAACGUGGGCUUUGUGGCACCCAUGCUGGUGGAUGGCUACGGCGUCUUUUACUCCAUCACCUCUGGAGCUGUGUUCAUCCAAACCACCGCCUAUCGGGAUAGCCUCAAGACGAGUGCCCGCAAGUUCAACGACGUAUUUAAGGACUCUUUCCGGCGCAUCAGCGUUCUUCUCGAGCAGCUGGCUAAGGAAUCCAAGCUCUGAAAAGCUUGAAGCUUAGUAUUAAGAAGGGACAAAAUCUUACUUGAUGUCAAUUGAAACUAGGGCCCUGCAUGAAUGGAUUCAACGAAUUAUUUUGAAUUUUUUUUUUAUAUGAAUGAAUUAAUUAGAAUUUU